GUCGCAGACACCAGUCCAGUCAGGCCUACACCAUGGCGGAUGAGGGUAGUGUGAGUGUGACUCUGCUGAAUGCGCCCAGUACUGUGGGAGAUUCCGUGGAGGUGUUCUGGUCUGCUCCAGGCAGUCUCCCAUUCUUCUUGGUUGUCAUGCAUGAUGGUGAUGGUGGUGGUGGUGGCGGUGAUGACGAUGAUGAUGAUGAUGGUCCCUUGGUCUCUAUUGGUAUCAACAUGCAUGGGGAUGAUGGUGAUGAGUUUGGUGCCCUGGACGGGGAUGAGGGCAUGGCCAACGUCGAGACGUACGAGCUGGGCCCGGGCAUGUAUCGUGUGGCGGCCAUGGCAGUCACCGGCGAGUUGCUCGCUCAGGGAGGCACGAUUGAGCUGGGAGAGGGAGGUCGGGGAGGUGAAGAUAGCUCGGACGGUGAGGUGUUCGCUGACGCGGAGGAUGUGUACGCCUCGCCGUAUGCAGAGUACGUACCGGCGCGGGAGGGCGACUUUAUUGACGACGUGGUUAUCUUCUCGCCGACUUGGGGCGAGAGCGCGCCGGAGGGGUACAUUGCCAUUCCGAAGGAUCUCAACGCCGGCAACGAUGGGCCCGAGUUCCGGCUGGCGUUCCGGCGUGUGGCGGGCCACGAACGGGCUGGCACUACGGGAGUGGUGACCGGAAUCGGCAUGGUGUUUCCCGAGUGUGACGACGAGUACGUGGCCUCUGACAUGGAGGUGCUCGAGGUGACGGUGUCGGGCGAGCCUGGCGAUCUCAACGGCGGCGAGGGCAAGCACCCGGCGUAUCUGUUUGUGGUCCGCGACGGGCCGGGCCGGGCGCUGGCGGACAUUGCGGUACUUGACCGGAGCAUGGGCGACACGCUCCCUCCAGGCUACGGCAUGGUUCCAUACUCGCGGUCUGGCUACGAUGCCGAUGCCAACUACGGUACGUCGGGCCACGACAUUUUCUUUGGCUACCGGGUCGUGGGCUCGAACAUGCUGUACGAGGGCAACGCCAUUGCGCUCCGGUCUGUCUACCGGCAGUACGUGACGGCGCAUGUGCCGAGCGCGGACCUUGACUAUGCGUUUGGGCUCUCGCCGCAAGAGGUGUUUGUGGUCGAAGCUGCGGGCGCCGCCGCCGACGACGGGUGCGUUGACUCUGGGUUUGCGCUGCGGACGCUCCGCGGCGGGUUGUAUGUGUGUGUGGAUGGGGCAACCGGGGCGACGGCGCUGGCCCCCGGCCCGCCGUCGACGACCUUUGAGAUCUCGGUCUGUGGCGGGAGCAUGGCGCUGCUUGCCGUGGAGGCCGGGCUCUUUCUCGACGUGGUGCCCGGACCGUCGCCGAGCCCGGUGUUCUUUGACGUAGUGGCAGCGGUGACCGAGCUUGCGGUGACGGGCAAGGUUGAUCGCGGCACCGCGCUUGGUGCGCAGUCGUUUGAGUUUAUUUCCAAGAACCUCAACAGCGAGACCGACGGAUCGUACAUCAACCUGUGGUUCCGGCGCGGCGGGCCGGCGCGGCCUCUGGUGGCACUCAAGGUGGUUAAGCCGGACGAGUCCGAGUCGUCCGAGUCUGACGACGGCGAAGCUGGCGAGUCGGAAACAGGUGACGGCGUGGCGAGCGGCGCCGGCGUGGCGCACCUGACCGCUGAGGAGAUUGCGGCGCGGCGGUGCGAGGCUGUCGAGGGCGAUGGCGAGGUCGAGGAGACGAUGGCGCAGUUUGUGGCGCGCAACAAGGAUCCCGAGCUCGAGGCGCUGGUGGCCAACUUUGAGGUGGACGCGGGCAUCAAGUACAGCGAGGAGUGCUGGCGGCUGGAACCUGCCGACCUCAAUCACGGCAACGACGACGGCGUGACGCAGAUGCCGAGUGUAGUGCGGGCAGACGCGCCCGACGCACGGGCCGCCGACGCCAUGCCGAUCUUCUGCCUGGACAUUUUGUUUGACUCUGCCGAGACGAGCGGCGGGUGGCUGAAGGAUCCCGCGGACCUCAACGAAGGCGCUGGCGGCUCGUAUGUGUACAUCACCUACGCGCACGGCAUGCUCCCACCGCCGCUCGCGCAGUACCUGGAGGAGCAGCGCGAGCUGCGCGAGGCCGAGAUUGCGCGACGGAUCCGUGUAGCGCGGCUGAAGCGACAGGCGGAGCUGACGGCUGUGUGCGAGGCACUGUUCGCCGAGCUGGAGGCCGGCGAGAGCGGCGAGGCAGCGCUGGCGGGCCUGCCGCGGCCGCAGACGGCGAUGGCCGGCGUGGACAAUGCCGGCAACACGUGCUACCUCGACUCGCUCCUCUUUGCCAUGUUUGCAACCUCGGAGGCGCUCGAGUACCUACUCUACCCGUCGCCGCACCUCGAGCUCGGCAAGCCUGUCUUCAACCCGUUCGCCUUUGACGAGACCGACUCGGACUCGGACUCUGACGACGCCGAAGCGCAGCAGGCGGCCAAGGUCAAGGCCAUCCGCACCCUGCAGUUCUACCUCCGCGAGCACGUUGUACGCCGGCUGCGGAACGGUGAGUUCCUCGACGCGAAUGCAAUGGAGCUCACGCGGUUCAUGUUUCGGUGGGCUGGGUGGGAGUCGGGCGAGGACGAGGGCAUUCUAUUUGGGUGGGACGGCCUCCAGCAGGACACAGCUGAGCUCCUCGACAACGCGCUGGACUGGCUCGGCGCGCCGUACAUUGCAUGCGUCCGGCGGUUUGCGCUCCGCGGGAUGCCGGAUCCCGAGUCUGCAGCGGUGGAGCGGUUCCGGACCAUCCGGGUCUCGAUGCCGCAGAAGAUCAAGAAGCGUCGCAAGCAGAAGCGCAAGCGCGACCGGCGGUUCUCGCUCGGCUACAUGCUCGACCAGGAUCUCAACAACAACCCGCUGGAGGGCUUCAAACGCGAGCCGUCGGCAGCGCUGCUGGCAGCGCUGGAGGCGGCCGACGACGCUGAGCCCAUCGACCCGGCCGAGGUCUGGUCGUCGGUUGUCCGGCUCCAGCCGGCGUACAUGUUUGACGGGGCCGAGAACAAGCUUGUUCCGCCCGAGGUCAUUGUCCCGCCAGGCACCGACCUGGCGCCCGACAGAGUCCCGAUCAUGAUCCCGAUCGUGGUCAAGCGGUUCAACAACGAGCUCGUCAAACUCCUCGGGCGAGUCAAGGUCCCGAUGGAGAUAUUGCCGUCGGAGGUGCCGUAUCUCGACGACGCGCUCGACGCCAGCGAGUACACGCUCCGGCUCCGGUCGGCGGUGUGCCACACCGGGCGCAAGCUCAACCGUGGCCACUACUACGCGUACGUCCGGCACGACGCCGCCGACGGCAGCGUCACCUGGCUCAAGUUUGAUGAUCUUGCCGACGACGGAGAAAAGGUCGUUGCCGUGGCUUUCCCCGGUCCGUACUACCGGCUUCUCUGCAAGCAGUGCUACGUCCUGUUCUAUGAGCUCACCAAGAUCGCACCGCCUCCCGCCAGCCUUGCCUGAGCCGUC